AUGUCCAUCUCCCUCCGUGGCAAAAACGUCCUAGUAACCGGCGGCUCCCGUGGGCUAGGAGCCUGCGUAGUCCAGCGCUUCGCAGCGGAAGGCUCAAACGUAGUAAUAAAUUACGUCUCGGCGGCUGAUCGCGCAGAGGCUCUGGCAAAGGAGGUGCGGGAGCAGUAUGGGGUUAAGGCGUUGGUGAUUUGUGCCGAUGUUGGGAGUGAUCGGGAGUGCAGGAGGCUUGUGAAAGAGACCGUGGAGGGGUUGGGGGGGUUGGACGUUAUUGUCUCUAAUGCUGGGUGGACUAAAGUAUCUGACUGGAAGGACUUGUAUGCUCUAGGGGAGGAGGAGUGGGAUAAGUGCUGGGCGGUGAACGUGAAAGCAAACCUCCACCUUCUCCGUGCAGCACUACCAACGUUCAACGCAAACCCUGACGGUGGAUCUCUACUAAUUACUUCUUCAAUAGCCGGCAUACAAACCUUCGGCAGCGCAAUGGCAUACUCAGUCUCGAAGGCGGCCGGGCUCCACCUUAUGCGCUGUUUGGCGUACACCCAAGGACCCAAAAUCCGGGUGAACGCGGUCCAACCGGGUCUUCUGAUGACAGAGUGGGGGAAGAGUUUCCCUGAAGAGGCAAUUGAGAGGACGAAGGAGAGGUCAAAGUUGAAGGUUGCGCCUACGGUUGAGGAGUGCGCAGAUGCGUUUGUGCUUAUGGCUAAGAGCUCUAGUAUGACGAGUAGUACGCUUAAGAUUGAUGGGGGGUUGUAUACUUAG